AACUACAAAGCAAAUAAUACAAAUUAAGAAAGCACACAAAAAUCUUGGCAAACGAAGAAAGAACACCGAGGAAAAAUAAGUCAAUUUGCGAUCACGGAACGCAGCUGCUUCUACAUCUGAAGCCACAUGACUCAUAAUGCAUGACUGCAUAAGCUUUAACGUGCACGAGGUGCUUCUUCCUGCAUUCAUUCUCUGUUCCGUAACAAAGUUGCUUUACUGUUCCAGUUUUCUGCACAAAAUUGGACAACUUUCCUGAACUAGAUUAGCGCUGAGGACCACUACUUUCCUGGACUAGAAGUUUGUAAUCCAUAAGAGGCUCCCUUCUUCAUUGGCAACCCUAGCUUUCGUCCUCAUUCGGCUGCUUCUUUCGUUGUGUCUGUCAUCUUCUCUCCUGCUGAGAAAGGCUCUUCAGAUUCUUAGGAGUUUCUUUUGUAAAAUAUGGAUCAGACGAUGAAACAGUUACAGAAAAAAUUAACAGAACUGGAAGUGGAAGCUGAACAUCUUCUUUUAGCCCGGCAUCAACUGGUUGAGAAUGAUAAAUUGAGAAAUUGGAACAGAGAAGCACUUACUGCAUUAAGGAAAAAGGCUCGGACAACAAAGACUAGUGUUCCAUCUCCUUUUGAAUCAAUAAUGAAGGGAGCUGCAGGGACCAACUCAAGAAGGCCUUUGGUGCAAGAGGUGUGUACCAUCUGCGGCAACCACGACUCUUCUGAACAUACAUGGGUGAUGGUUCCAGGAACUGAUCUGUUUGCCAGAAUUCCAUUUCAUGCUGUUCAUACUAUAUUGGAAACAGAUCAAGCACAACUUGACUUUGAGGCGAAGAGACUACAAAGCAUCGUGAAAGAGAAAUCUUACCUUAUUUCACAGACAGGUGUUCUUGCUGACAAGGUAAGUUCAGGAGUGCUCAAAUCACUUGUAGCCUUGAGUGACAGAGCUAAGUAACUUGCUGGAAGAAACUUUCUUGAGUAUUUUGUUCUAAUUGUGUAUGCAAUGAAUUUUGGAUGUUGAUCACUUGUAGCCCAUGUUUAUGCUAUGGCUGCUAUAUUUAAUCCUAGAAUCAUGCAUAUUGAUCAAUUCUGUA